AUGGGUUCAUCCUACUUUGCUUUCGCGGCCAUCUUCUCCACAUCGCUCAGACUUUCAGUCACGGGGCCCAUAAGCAAUGAUGUAUUUGGAAUCGACUGUGGCCGGCGUCAGCAACAAGAUAUUGUAUCCGAACGAAUCGUUAACGGCACACCAGCACAUCCACACCACUGGCCGUGGAUGGUGGGGCUGUAUACUGCUGAUGGCAAAUUCUAUUGCGGCGGCGUUUUAAUAAGUAACCAGUAUGUCUUGACCGCUGCUCAUUGUUAUAAAGACAAGGACACUGCGGGCUUUCUUUCAGUUGGUCUGGGAACUACGAACCGAACCAAGUUUACAGUAGAUUGUCAACGAAAUGCAGACAAAAGUCUGAAUCAAGAAAGAAGUGACACAGCAGCCAUGUCUGAGGAUUCGGAAGACAAGGUCAUUUGCGUGGAGGUUGAUGACGUCUGCAUCCCCGUCCAGGACAACUGUACGGAUUUUAUGAGAGACCUUGCACUAUUGAAAUUAAAAAGACCUGUCAAAUUUACAAAACACAUUCAGCCAAUCUGCCUUCCUCCAAACUGCGAAGAACCGCCUUCAGAUGCUGGCCUCUAUGUCGCGGGCUGGGGUAGAACCUAUGAUUACUAUACCUUUUCCGACGAGACUACAGAUGGAAUAACAGACAAAACGGAUGAAUACUCAUACGAAGCUGAGAGUCCAACAGAAGAAGUUACGGACGAAACCUCAGCGUCGAAAGCAGGGAGCGCUUUCAUGUUUUAUGACCCAGUGAUGUUAAUGGAAAGAGAUAUAGCCAUUAUUACCAAUGAGGAAUGCACACGUCAGCUUGCAAGAAGUGUUCCAAAUUACACCCUUUGCUCCGCUUCUGGAAUAUGUUAUGGAGACAGCGGGGGACCUAUGAUGUACCAGAAAGAAGGACGGUGGUAUCUUGCUGCUAUUCAUUCCGCUCUACGCGGUAAUUGUUAUCAUCCUGUUCAGCCCGGGAUACAUGUUAGGGUAUCACACUUUGUCGACAGAUUUAUUUUGAAGAUUAUUAAAGACCAUGAGGGGUCUCAAAAAGGAGGGACAAAUGGCUUGUGUGCCAGCGAUGAGGCGCGUAAGAAAUGCGUAAGGGAGUUUUUUAACUCUUACAACAGAUCAAUUGAUGAUGAAAUCAGUGAAUAA